GCCCUCCGCCGCCUGCGAGGGCGUCUCGGUGCCAGGGCUCCCCGGCUUUGUUGUUGGGGCUGGGGCGCGGCGGAUCUUCGACGCAGUUCUCCCCGGCAGGAAACAUCCAGAGCCACCCCCACGCCGCGGUCUACAAAGCCCCGGAGUCAGCAGGCAGGCGGGAGGAGUCAGAUCCCCCGCACUGUCAGGCUCCCGCCCAGCUCCCGCAUCAGGCCGUCCCCGGCCUCAUGAGGACCCCCCGGCCGGAGCCGAGAGCCGGGCGUAGCCCGGACCGCGAUCUUGCCGCGGCCUUAGAGCGUUAGACAGGAUGCGGCUGGGCCGCCGGGCCCUCUGCGCGCUGGUCCUGCUGCUCGCCUGUGCCUCGCUGGGGCUCCUGUAUGCCAGCACCCGAGACGCACCCACUCUCCCUAACCCUCUGGCGCUGUGGUCACCCCCACAAGGUCCCCCGAGGCUCGAUCUGCCAGACCUUGGCCCUGAGCCCCGCUACGCACACAUCCCGGUCAAGAUCAAGGAGCAAGUGGUGGGGCUACUGACUCAGAACAAUUGCAGUUGUGAGUCCAGAGGAGGCAGCUUUGUGUUGCCAUUCCAGAGACAGGUUCGAGCCGUCGACUUCACUAAAGCCUUUGAUACCGAGGAGCUCAGGGCUGUUUUGGUCGCCAGAGAGCAGGAAUACCAGGCCUUCCUUGCAAGGAGCCAGUCCCUGGCUGACCAGCUGCUCAUAGCUCCUGCCAACUCCCCCUUACAGUACCCCCUGCAGGGUGUGGUGGUUCAGCCCCUCAGGAGCAUCUUGGUGCCAGGGCUAAGUCUGCAGGAAGCUUCUGUUCAGGAGGUAUAUCAGGUGAACCUGAGCGCUUCCCUAGGCACCUGGGAUGUGGCAGGGGAAGUGACGGGCGUGACUCUCAUCGGAGAGGGGCAGACAGAGCUCACCCUGGCCAGCCCGGGUCUGGACAGACUCAACCGGCAGCUGCAGCUGGUCACUUACAGCAGCCGAAGCUACCAGGCCAGCACGGCAGACACAGUCCGGUUCUCCACCAAGGGGCACGAGGCUACCUUCACCAUCCAUGUAAGACAUCCGCCCCACCCACGGCUGUACCCACCUUCAUCUCUACCCCAGGGAGCACAGUACAACAUCAGUACCCUGGUUACCAUCGCCACCAAGACCUUUCUUCGUUAUGAUCGGCUACGGUCACUCAUUGCCAGCAUCCGACGCUUUUAUCCCACGAUCACCAUAGUCAUCGCUGACGACAGCGACAAACCGGAACGUAUUAACGACCCCCACGUGGAACACUAUUUUAUGCCCUUCGGCAAGGGUUGGUUCGCAGGUCGCAACCUGGCGGUGUCCCAGGUAACCACCAAAUACGUGCUGUGGGUGGACGACGACUUUGUCUUCACGGCGCGCACGAGGCUGGAGAAGCUUGUGGACGUGCUGGAGAGGACGGUCCUGGACCUGGUUGGGGGCGCCGUGCGGGAGAUCUCGGGCUUCUCUACCACCUACCGGCAGCUGCUGAGUGUGGAGCCGGGCGCCCCAGGCCUUGGAGACUGCCUCCGGCAAAAGCGCGGUUUCCACCACGAGCUGGCUGGCUUCCCAAACUGCGUGGUCACGGACGGCGUAGUCAACUUCUUCCUGGCGCGCACAGACAAAGUGCGCGAGGUGGGAUUUGACCCGCGCCUCAAUCGGGUGGCACAUCUGGAAUUCUUCCUGGAUGGCCUUGGUUCCCUUCGUGUCGGCUCCUGCUCGGAUGUGGUUGUGGAUCAUGCGUCGAAGGUGAAGCUGCCGUGGACAUCUAAGGAUGCGGGGGCUGAAACUUACGCCCGCUACCGUUACCCGGGGUCUCUGGACCAAAGCCAUGUGGCCAAACAUCGUCUGCUCUUCUUCAAACACCGGCUACAGUGCAUGACCGCUGAGUGAUGGCGGACUGGGGCCUUCCCACUGUCAGUCAGGCUGGGCCUGCCUCCUUGCCCCUGCCAGGAAAUUUCCAGCAACCCCUCCAACCCCUGACACUCUCUUUCCACGGACCUGACCCCUAACAGGGGCUUGUCCUGGUGACAAGCCUUUUUGUGAGUGACCAGAGGCCUGUUGGAGCCAUAACCCCCCCCACACACACACACACACAGCCAGUGCCAAGUCCUCCCCCAACCCCAUUCCCAUGGGGCAGGAAAUGGGGGGAUUCACUUUCCAAGUGCCAAAGAGCCCAGAAGGACUCUUAAGACCCUCAAGUGGAAACUCCUGAGGGGGCAGGGAAACUCCCAAUGUGCAACCCCAGGGACACACAACCCCACCCCAGCUCCGGAUCCAGCACCAUGUGCACUGGCUUCAACAUACGUCGUAGAAAGCACUGUGCCUGGAGUUGUGUGAAGCUGGUGAACACACGGUGACAAACA